AUGGCUGUCAACUACUUUGUUGAGUUGAAGCAGGAAUGCACGCCCAGUAUGAUUCAGCUGUUCCAUUCUUACUGUUUUACUGGAGUAUUUGGAGGGAAUGUAUCCCAAGCUUUUGACCAGUUAUGCUCUGUUCAGAAUGCAAAUGCUCCUGACUGGUUCCCUUUCCUCUGUCUGGAAUCUUCUUUUGAUAACUCGCCAUACUUGGGGCUGUUCUAUGAUGGUGAUACUGUCAGCGAUUCUCAUGACUUUUCCUUCGGGACAGCCACGUCUGCAGUGCUAAAUAUACCCGUUGGCUAUCAUCAAGGUGAUCAUAUUGUUAAAAAUGAAGAUGAAUACCUUAUUAUUCCACAGAGAUCUUUGAAUGGUCAAUGCUUGGCAAAUGCACCUGUGGCUUACCUGGAAGAUUUUGACUGGCGUUGUGUGACUUCUCUAACUGCUGCAGCUUGUGCGGAUAACCAUGGAAUUAGUGAUGAUAUCCAUAUCCAAAAUGGCCAAGGAUUGUUGAUCCCAGCCGUCAUAACCUACCAGAAAACUACAAACCUCAGAAAUUUCAUUGCCACGACCUCUGCAAGUAUAGAGCCAAGUCUUGCUAACCAGUCCUGGUUUCCUGAGCAUCAGAUUAUCACAGCUUCUGUAGAGCCAGUUCAUAAAUCAGAAGCCAAACUUGUAGAUGGAAUGUGUCAAAAUAUGAUUCUGCAGGGAGAUUAUGUCUUCAGUUGGAAAGGAAAUGUGAUCACUAAUGUUACUUUGCUUGUCACAGUGGGAGAUGUUCCCUUAGAUUAUCCAGCUACUUUGACUCAAAGAUUCAGUGCGACUUUCAUUAACUUCAGAAAUGACCAGCCACCCAAUGUGACUCGGUCUGGAAACCCAGGUUAUCAGAUUGGCAAGCCUGUUUUAGGUGCUUUUGAAAAUGGCAACACCUUACAAAAGGCUCCUGUAAGCAUAUGGCGACCAGUUGGAAAUGGGUUGUGCUCAUCAGCUCAAACAACAUCGGUGUUGUUUGGAAAGAACUCAAUCUCUGGUUGCCUGUUGAGACUUGGCAUCAAUACUUUUGAUGACUGUAUUGGUCUUAGGGCUGUGAGAAGACAGGCAAAUGUGUUGACACAGACGAUCUAACACCGGUUCUUGAAUGGUUCACAGAGACACUGGAGAAGGACACUAAUUUUCCUCAACUGUAAAGGGCUGAAGUAUCCUCAUUGUAUAAAUAUAAAAAAUUAAAUGGUGAAAAAAAA